UCCGAGCGCCUAUCGUUUGUUGAUGCCUUUGGAGCCGCAUGUGACCUACAUCACGAGUAAGACACUCUAUUCACUUUGAACGACGCUUGAGGACGCAUGCGAUGCUUCAUCAACGCUGCUUCAGCUCGAAGGGGCAGGAGCAGCACUCCCAGCGCCAUGUUCAGCGGUAGCGCAGUGUUUGCGUGCUUGCUGCUUCUUGCAGGCUUGAGCGAUGCGUUCCGUAUAAGCAGUCCGCAUGAAAGGGCGCAAGAACGAGCAGAGUGGCUCUCGAGGCUGGAGGACAGUCGGCGACUUGCAGACGCUGUUCUACCUCCUCAAGUGCCUAUCAAUAAUGGGCAUAUUCCAGUAGCCCCAGAUCUUGACGAGCGAGUCUUUGUGGGUGAAAUGACGCUGCGCCAUAUCUACCAUCGAGGAACCCACCAGUACCCCAAGCUUCACCGGUACCAAGAUAUCGCGCCGGGCGACGAGCUUCGUGUCUCCUACGAUGAUGGCGAAACAUACGAAGCAGCGCCCCAAUCAUUGCGGGUCAAUGUCAUGCCAACGAGCAUCCAGCGGCUAACAAACCGCAAGCCUGCUGACAUCGAUCAGCUACUUGCCUAUGCGGACAUGCACGGUAAUGCAGCGACCUUGCCUUACUAUGACUGGACAGUAGACAGUGUCGCAGGUCCAAACAUUACCAACAAAGGCACAGUCUUGACCUUCGCCAAGAUGGCAGCGAACGCGUACGUUCAAGGUCACGCUGGCGGAGAGUGGAAAGAUGUCAAAGGCGGCUUCAACUACACCGAUGACUUUGGCUGGCAGGCUGAUGGUCUUCGUGGCCAUAUCUUCGCCGAUCAGAAGAACAAGACGAUCGUGAUAGGUCUGAAAGGUACGUCCGUACCUUGGUUCGAUAACCCGGCUACGACCGACACGGACUUGCUAAACGAUAACCUCUUCGGAUCCUGCUGCUGUGGUCAAGGCGGGCAGAUCAUGUGGAAACAAGUCUGCGACUGUAUGACCUCAGCAUAUACAUGCAACUCAACGUGUUUGGUGAAGUCCUUGCGCGAAAAGGGCCAUUACUAUCGAGCCGUUAGGGAACUGUAUCACAACGUCACCGAGCGAUAUCCGAAUUCCGAUGUAUGGUUGUCAGGACAUUCCUUGGGAGGGGUGGUCAGCUCUUUACUAGGCCUCACGUACGGCUUACCCACUCUCACUUUUGAAGCCUUUCCGGAUUCGCUCGCAGCGUCACGCUUGGGUCUUCCAACACCUCCAGGCUACAGGAUCGGCUCGCAUCAGUCACGCGUCAGCACUGGCAUCUACCACUUUGGUCAUACUGCCGAUCCAAUCUACAUGGGCACAUGCAACGCUGGAUCAUCCUGGUGCACGAUAGGAGGGUACGCUUUCCAGGGUGUCUGUCACACUGGCCAUACUUGUAUUUACGAUACCGUUGGUGAUCUUGGCUGGCGUGUAGGCAUUGGUACGCACAAGAUCUCGAAUGUAAUCCGGGACGUACUGGAGAAAUACGAUACGGUACCUGGGUGUCAGCAAGACCUGGACUGCCAGGAUUGCUUCAACUGGAAAUUCUACGAGAGCAAUAGCAGCGAGCCAAUCACCACUUCUAGUAGCUCCACCUCAUCGACACGAACAAGAACGGAGAUAUGCAAGACGCCAGGCUGGUGGGGCUGUUUGGAUGAGACGACGACGACGACGACCGCAACCACGUCGACCACUAGCAGCUCCUCGACAUCCACUUGUAAGACGCCGGGUUGGUUCGGCUGCAAAGACCCUACCACUACUCCGUCAUCGUCUUCUACAACCGGAACAACGACCAGUGCAAUCCCAGCGCCCUCCAUCACCACGACCAGCAGCUUGCCGACCAGCACUGAAACCUGCGAGACACCUGGCUGGUUUGGCUGCAGAGACCCGACGACAGUUGCUGUAGCGCCAUCGUCUACCUUCGCGCAUACCACACCAGCACCUACCGCCGCACGGCCUAGUCCGUCGAGCUUGCCUUCAACGAAACGGAAAGAAUGCGCGGAGCGACAUUGGUAUGGGUUUUGCAGGUCGUGGGAGUACGAAGAGGCUGUCUCAAAGACUGAGUUAUGAAUGCUAUGGUUAUUCUGUUAGGUAAAGGGCGUUCAGUGGAGUGUAUACAUAGCAAAUCGCAUAUUGAGUAUCAUGCAUCGAGGCAUCGGAGAAUCUUCGGUGAAGCUGCGCGUCGAGACACGUCUUCCAUCUGCACUCUAUCAACCAGGC